CAUACUUGCUAAAUUUCAGGGUUCAAACUCAAAUAGAUUUCACCUCUCACACACACACACACACACAAACAAUGCAAUCCAGCACAAAAUGGAUUCAAUCGUUCAUCUACCUAACCCUAAUCACAAUCUCACUCAAUCUGCUACAUAUUUUGCUUCUAUCCGACAGAUUAAUCAUCUCUCAUCACAAAAUUACACUCAAGAAGCAUCCUGAUCUUCCUCUACGCUUCAAUUCAGACGGAACCUUCAAGAUCCUUCAGGUAGCCGAUAUGCAUUACGGAACCGGAUUGACUCGGUGUAGAGAUGUUUUGAGCUCUGAGUUUGACUCCUGUUCCGAUCUUAACACAACUCGGUUUUUGAAGCGGAUGAUUGAAGCUGAGAAGCCGGAUUUUAUUGCUUUUACAGGUGAUAACAUAUUUGGGUCAAGCACUAAUGAUGCGGCUGAGUCACUAUUCAAAGCUUUUGGUCCAGCAAUGGAUUCUGGGCUUCCAUGGGCAGCGGUUUUGGGCAAUCAUGACCAAGAAUCAACUAUGACCCGUGAAGAACUGAUGUCAUUCAUCUCCCUGAUGGAUUAUUCGCUUUCACAACCCAACCCGUUAAUUCAAGAUCCCACAGACCCUACUAAACAACAAAUUAUGACAGAAAUCGAUGGGUUCGGGAACUAUGAUCUCAGUGUAUGGGGUCCCCCAGGGUAUCAGUCGGCCAACCAGACCGUAUUCAAUCUCUUCUUUCUAGACAGUGGGGACAGAGCUGUUGUUGAUGGGUUUAGAACGUAUGGAUGGAUCAAGGAGUCUCAGCUUAAUUGGCUACGUGGUGCUUCUAAGGGACAUAACCAAGAAAACCAUCAAUCACAAGAGAUUCCAUCACUAGCAUUCUUCCAUAUCCCGAUCCCAGAAAUCCGUUCCGGGCCUUUUAGGGAAGUUUUUGGGGAAUAUCGUGAACACGUGGCAUGUUCUAUAGUGAACUCUGGAGUGUUGAAGACACUCGUGUCAAUGGGAGAUGUGAAAGCAGCGUUUAUAGGCCAUGAUCACCUCAACGAUUUCUGUGGGAAUUUAAACGGUGUAUGGUUUUGUUAUGGUGGUGGUUUUGGGUAUCAUGGUUAUGGUCGAGCCGGGUGGUCAAGACGAGGUAGGGUCAUACUUGCACAACUGAAAAAGGGGAAGAACGAGUGGUUGGGAGUUGAAACGAUUAAGACAUGGAAGCGACUUGAUGAUGAAAACUUGACUAAAUUCGAUCAGCAGAUCUUAUGGACAUCAUCAUAGUGAUUCUUGUUGCAGGUUUUCAAAGGUCAGACAUGGGUUUAGAUCUGUUCAUCCAUGGUGGUCGCCAGUUUUUAUGCUGAUACGUUGAUGGACAUAGACGACGGUGAUGAAGACGAACCAAUGAUGGAUGCGGAGGUGGUUAUGGUUGAACAUGGUUUUAACCUUUUGAUGCGUUGCCGGCGAUGGUGGCUGGAUGUAGAAUUGUUGAUGAUGAGAGAUGAAAAAAAAGGAUAAUAGAAAGGGGUAGAAUAGUCAAUCAGUUAUAAUUGGUUAUAUAUGAUAUUUUAUGUUUUUGUUGGGUAUAUAUGAUAUUUGUAAUGUUUACAAGGGUAUUUAUGAAAUUAAUCCUUAUUCUAAAUAAUAAUAUAACCAUUUGAAGUA